CGAUCAUACUAGGUGUUCCAAGGUUAUCAUAACAAUCUCUUUCCAAUGUCCUUUUUCAGUUCGAGGCUACAUGAUAUCUUGUGGCAUUGAUUGACUGGAGUUCGAAAUGAGUGCUGGGGGAAGAUCGCUUUUGUUGCCCAGUGGGUAAUCACUAUUCAUUUACAUUGCGGCACAGAAUAUGCAGCAUCGCUACUCCAAUCAAUCCGUCUGAUUUUUCAAGAAAAGUUUGAUUGUCUUUCCUUUCCUUUCCCUAUGAAUAGUUGUAGCGAAUAUCUUUUAUGCCACAUUGUCUUCUCGCCAAUCCCACGCAACCGAGCAAAAAAGCCCAGCCUAUCCUCUGAUCAACUCGUAUAGUUGAAUAUGUUGCCCAUAACUUCUGUAUGGUUGGGAGGGUUUUCUAUCCUUAUUUUUCUAUCGUGUUUUUAUUUUCUGUUAUGGACAGUAAAAGAUGUCCGUUAUCGACUCGCGGCUCGAAAGGCUGGGUGUGCGAUGCCGGUGAAAUACUGGCAUAAGGAUCCAUUUCUUGGGGUUGAUUUGUUUUUCCAGAGGUUGAAGGACAUGAACUCUGGUGAUUCUCUCGCAACCGACAGAAUUAUCUUAGGGAAAUACGGAAAGACUGUUCUUACAAACAACUGGGGCACGAAGCAAUACGUGACCAUGGAUCCUGUUGUUAUACAAACUGUACUAGCCCUCGAAGUUGAUAAAUUUGGAGUAGCACCUAUGAAUCACCCAAUGUGUUCACCACUCCUUGGUGAAGGCAUCAUGACAGUCGACGGUCACGCAUGGAAGAAAUCUCGUUCGUUACUCAACCUAGUGUUUACCAAAGCUCAGGUAUCAGAGCUGUCUAGCUUAGAAGCCCAUGUCAAAAUAUUCAUGGAUCUCAUUCCUCGAGACGGGACUACAAUCGAUAUGCAACCACUAUGCAAAAAGCUUUUCCUCGAUAUCUCCAGCGAGUUCGUAUUCGGAAAAUCUGCAAAUUCUCUUUCGCCUGAAAAAAGCAGCACCGUUGGUCAUCGCCUGGUUCAUUUAUUCGAUGAGGCACUUGUGAAGAUGUUCCAACGAUAUAUGCUUGGGCGAUUUAAGUUUCUUAUCGGGGAAAAGAAAUGGUUUGCUCAAUGUGCGGAAGUUCAGGGCAUAGUUGACGAGCUUAUCGACGAAGAAUUCAAAAAUCAAGCUGCUGCGGCAAAAGGUUCCGAAGUACAAACGGAUAUACCUUACAAUCAUGUCUUGCUUAAGGAGCUAGUAAAAAUCACAGAUGAUAGGCGAUAUAUUAGGAAUGAGCUUAUGAAUGUAUUCUUCCCUGCUCGUAACACUGCUGGGAUUCUCAUGGGAAAUAUUAUCUUCAUGCUUGCACGACAUCCCCAAGUAUGGGCGAAGCUUCGGAAAGAAGUUCUCGAUAUCGGAGAUCAGAAGCUGACAUUUGAACUACUCAAAUCGCUCAAAUAUGUACAGGCUGUUAUAAAUGAAACACUCCGUCUCCAAUCCCCCGUUGGCGGAAGUUGGAAAACCUGCCUAGUACCUUGUAUCCUUCCCCACGGAGGUGGUCCCUCAGGCAAAGAACCUAUCCUUGUUGAACCAGGAGACGAAAUGCGUAUGUCUUUUACACCACUCCACACUGAUCCAAAUAUAUGGGGCGAAACUGCAUUGGAUUUCUUACCGGAAAGAUGGGCUGGACUCAAACAGAGUUGGAAUUACAUACCUUUCAUGGGAGGUCGACGUAUAUGCCCAGCACAACAAAACGCGCUUACGGAUGUUGCUUUUGUUUUGGCAACGCUUGCGAGAAACUUCAAAGUGAUUGAAAAUAGGGGUCCGCAUCUGGAAUAUGUAGACAAGAUUGUGUUCACCAGAGAAUGUGCAGAUGGAGUUCAAAUCGCUUUUGUACCAAUUUAGGACGCGGGAGCUCAUUGGAGGAAAAUUUAGAGUUUCAUAUUUAGAACCUUGAAUCUAGAAGCAGUCUCCUCCCAAUGGUGGUUCUAGCAUAUUCCAAAGCACCAUCUUAUCGAGUCUUUACGGCAUGUUAUUUUCGCUCAUCUCAUCAUAAUCAAGAAAUAGACAUGAAUGGCGAUUUCACUCCGAUCAAGCCUCCUAACGUCCUUACGAUCUCGGCGCCCCUCACGCUGGGCAUACUGGCAUCCAGGGCAACGAGGCUGCGGAUGCUUUGGCGAAUACAGGUGCCAAGAGCAACAGGAUGGAUUCUAGCCCAACCGUCCUACCUGUAAUCAAUGGGAUCGGGUCGGCAGCUAGAUCUCUUGCUCGAACUGUCUCGAAUACAUAGUGGCAACUCAACAGGGCUACCCUGCUCGGAGCAUACUGCAAGUGAGAUCUGAAAUACAGUACCACAGAGCCGCUGGAGCUCAGUCUUUCGAAAGCCACACUAUACAAGCUCCUAACAGUACAUACAGCCCGUAGUGACUUCACUUCGUAUUAUCAACACUUCAAACACAAGAACACGGAGCUUUAUAACCCUGCGGCAUAGCCAAAACGCCGGAGAACUUAGUUUUCAACGAGAUCUCGACUAGGAGAUUUCACUCUUGACCGGCCAAGCCUAGCAGACCCCCGCGCAAUACGUACGAGGGCCAUGGAUACGUCAAUAAGUCUUUUGCCCGCUCAACCCUUUGCAGCACCCCAUGGAGACCCGGUCUCCCUGCUCUACUCUGUCAAAACUGCCCCUCUCACCUUUGGACCGACCUGGCCGCUCAUUUAAAAACGUCGGCUGCAAUCCACCAUAACCAAAUGCUCUGACUGAAAACAGGCGCCGCCCCUAUUAAGAACCGGUCUGCUAACAUACUCCCCCUUAGGUACCGCUCUCUAAGAGCACAAACCUACCUGUCAUAGGCAAACCAUGCUUGCAACUUGCAAGGGCUUCGGAAUUUGCGGAUACGCUCUCUCGAUUGGAGGAGAGUAUCAGUUGAUGACAACAGCUUCACUCAUCCAACUGAAACUGUUGGCUGGCUUAUUAAUCCCCAACUUUGGAAAACACGUUGCGAAUCCCAGAGCAACAGGAAAAGCUUAGAAAAUUGAGUAAAACCAUCGAUAUAUACAAAUACCAUACCACAGUAUACACAGUGAUUAAAUCAACCUUGGUAUUCGACAGUACCAUUGAAACAAUGAUAGUCUUCUCAAAAUCCAGAUCAUUGUAAAAUGUUGGCGGAUGUUAUGACACG